AAUGGUUCCAUUCAUAAUCGAGGUAGAAAAUUUUUUCAUAUCUAUGUUAAUUUCAUAAUUUGAGCUCGUUCAUAUCUAAAAAUCGUUUAAAUGACCUCGAUAGUUAUACAAAAAGUUUAAUAACCUCUCGAACAGUAACGGGGUCGUUGUGCCACACCAUCACGAACUUACCCUAUUUAAAUCCCCUCUUAGCCUUCUCCUCUUUCUCACACCAUAACGGCAACAAAGUUGGAUAUUAGAGUGGAGCAAUGGUAGACGAGAGAGACCACGAUACAUCUUCUUCAUCUCUCCCAUCUUUGAGCAACCAUUUGGCAGACACAACUCUCGGAGGAAGCGCGGACGUUCCCGUCAUUGACCUAAGCGUUUCUGAUGAAGGGUUCAUUGUGCGUGAGGUGGUGAAAGCGAGUGAAGAGUGGGGAGUCUUUCAGGUGGUUAACCAUGGGAUUCCGACGGAGCUGAUGCAGCAGCUACAAGUGGCUGGGAAACAGUUCUUCGACCUCCCGGAGAAAGAAAAGGAAGCUGUGGCGAAAGAGGGAGGCUUCGAAGGAUACAAAAGGAACUAUCUAGGAGGUAUAGACAAUUGGGACGAACAUCUGUUUCACAGACUCUCCCCACCUUCAGUCAUCAACUAUAAAUAUUGGCCUACGAAUCCUCCCCAAUACAGGGAGGUGACGGAGGAGUACACAAAGCAUGUGAAGAGGCUGACGGAAAAGAUUUUUGGUUGGCUAUCAGAGGGACUAGGGUUACCGCGUGUGGCGUUGAGUCAAAGCAUAGGUGGCGAUACGGCAGAGUAUGCGCUUAGGAUCAAUUUCUAUCCGCCAAGUCAACAUUCGGAAUUAACCAUAGGAGCUGCGGCGCAUAGUGAUAUGGGUGCAAUCGCACUCCUUGUCCCCAAUGAGGUUCCUGGACUUCAAGCCUUCAAGGACGAACAAUGGUUUGACCUUAACUAUAUCGACUCUGCCGUUGUUGUUAUCCUCGGCGAUCAACUCAUGAGAAUAACCAACGGGAGGUUUAAGAACGUGUUUCACAGAGCGAAGUCGGAUAGGGAAAGAGUGAGGAUUUCUUGGCCUAUUUUUGUUGCGCCUAGGGAUGAUAUGUCCGUCGGACCUUUGCCGGAGCUUACCGGAGACGAUAAUCCUCCUAAAUUCGAGACUCUAUUAUAUAAAGACUAUAUUGACAAGAAGAUAAAAGGUUGGGCGCUCGAAGGUCUCCACAGUCUACUGAAACCCCCCCAAAACUAAUUAAGAAACAAAUUGAGUAUCAUCCAACAAGAUCAUAAUAAAUGAUCAUGAAAUGUUUCAAGUGAUCCUAUCAAAUUAAAGUGUUCAAGAGUUUUUUCUUCCCGUUUCGUUUUCGAGUUACGUUUUUAUUUACGGACAAGUGUUUAAUUUGACCAGAAGAUAAUGUAUGGUUUGAAGGUUUCUUCU